AUCAGCAGAUAUUUCGUAUCAACUAUGGAUGAAGAUAUUUUGACACCUGAUGCCUUCGGAAAUGCUACACAUUUUAAUGAGAGUGACAAUGGAACUGAGCUUAUUCAUUCUGAAAUGGUGUCUACGGAGUGGGUGGUCUUUCUUUCUCUAUUAUAUUCUCUUACUACACUACUAUCAAUUGUUGGUAACGUCCUAGUAGUAAUCGUUUUUGCACGUGGAAGGAGAUCACGGACAGACUUACGUCCGUUUCUCAUAAAUCUAGCGAUGGCAGACUUAAUUAUGGCGGUUUUCUGUAUGCCCUUUACAUUUGGAGAUACCAUAUAUAAAAGCUGGUUGUUCUCGGAACCAAUGUGUCCAAUUGUGUUGUUCAUGCAAACGCUAUCUGUGUCUGCUAGCGUGUUCAUCAAUGUAGCGGUCGGAGUUGACAGGUUUAUUGUUGUCACCUUUCCUCUCUAUUCCAAGGCGUCCCAGGCUCGUUCCAAGCAAGUCAUUGUAGCCACCUGGAUAUUAUCUAUAUGUAUAGCAUCAGCUGUUGUGCCAUUCGCUCACACACAACGAAUCAGAAAUACCACAAGAAUAAAAUGUUCCGAGAUUUGGCCAUCGGUUCAAGUUCAAAGGUCGUAUUCUGUGGCUCUCUUUGUCAUCAUAUACCUGUUACCUUUAUUGGUUCUCUGUGUAGCUUACAGCAUCGUGGGACUCGUGUUAUGGAAAAGAACAACGCCUGGAAAUCGGGAUCAAAUGAGAGACAUGUUACAACUGCGGUCCAAAAUAAAGGUUUUGAAGAUGCUCAUCCUGGUGGUACUCAUGUUUGGAAUUUGUUGGCUUCCGCUGCACGUGUUCAUCAUAGUCGUGAACUUCAACCCGGACAUACUUCGGUAUAAAUCAGCGGAAGAAGAACACUUUUAUCUAGGGAUGUAUCUGGCGAUCCAUUGGUUGGCAAUGUCUAACAGUUUCGCAAACCCCUUCAUAUACGGAUUCUUCAACGAAAGUUUUAGGGCUGAUCUGAUUACUUUGGUAUACACCUGGUUUCCUUGUUGUGUGUGUUUAAAAAAUGCCGUACCAGUAUCUUCAAGCGCUCGAGGAUCAGAUUAUCAAACGUUUAUACGACAUAGAAGCAGUGCUCGGAGUACCUCUUCCAGUUCCUGGUCCUCAAAGCAAUCUUCUGUAAGGUCUAUGGCAAGUUGUGGUAGUAUAACGACUUCCGAUGUGAAGGGUACUCCGAGAGACACAAAUCUAAGGGACAGUUUACUGAGGAAAAAUUCUGGUCUCCUUGACGUCAUAAGCAUUCAAGCCAAAUCAGCCAGGACUAAUGGCCCUCGAGAUGACGUGUGACCCAACGAGACGUCCAUCGUUUAUCAAUAGGAAUGCUAUAUUGGCCAUAGCUGUGGCGGCAUCAGAAAUGAAACAUUAAUACUAGUAGGUAGUUUUGUCAUUCCUCUGGGUCAAAUCUGAGGUCGUGGCCACGAUCCAGACCCGUUACCGUAGAGACUAGCAGAGCGAUCAUAGAUGUAUGAUGUAUAGAUGGCUGGCGCAUAACUAUCAUGUCGAGAGGUCUUUGACGACACCAGAUACUGGGCUGCUAUAUCAAAACUAUUGCAUACUCUUAUGAAAAAAAUAUUAGUCUUUUACGUAAUGAUGAUAUUAGUUAUUUAGUAAUUAAAAAUACGAAUAUGUGUACCUCUAUUUUAGCAAUAUUGUUUUGACUGUGUCCUACGAAUUGCACUUAUAAAUGCAUGAUGAAAUACCUGGUGUCGAUUCUAGACUACAUGUAACCAAACCAAUCUGUAACACAGACCCAAUUACUAUUUCCGUCCCCUAAUUAUUCAUUCAGAGACCGGUCGUUACCAGAUAACAAACCUUUAAAUCCGAAAUAAGGCAGUAAGGGUUUCAGUUAAUUCGAGCUAGUUAUACGUCUUUUGUUUUGGCUUUUUAUUUCAUAUCUAUGGUUACUGUAAAUCUCUUAGCUUUCGUGAACACUCUAUUUUGCGUUCUCUCCUCUUCAGACAUAUUGGCGAAUAUGUUAUUCGCGGCCUUUGAUCUAGAUAUAACUUUUAUAACUUUAUAACUUGCGAAUGAGGAGUUAUUAGAGUCAUAGGCUCCUUUAUCGGUAUAAUCAAAAAAUGUUUUAUAUUCAUAUAAAUAAUCGCGAUUGACUCUCCUCGCGUAUUAAAACGAUAACAAGUCAAACGCAAGAUAUGACUGAUUUACAGUAAUUAAUUACGUAUCUGCAGAUUUAAAUUUUAAUGAAUACAUAUCAAAGGCGCCAAACACCCGGUUGUCGUAUACCAUAUAUUAUUGCUCGGAAAUCUCCCUUCACAUGUUAUAUAAAUCACCAUUAGUCAACAUCAUCUGGUUGUUCAAUACUUCACGGAAGCUACGCAAAUACAUUUAUGCUCCGCAUUUCAAAAUUUCUUUUACGUAACUCGUGAUUUUAUUGUUAUCGCCAUCAAUAUUGCAAAUCCGUUUCCGACUGGUAUAUUCUCGCAAUUGCACAACGCAACAAAUGUAUCAGUUCUUUGGAUAAAAACACAAUUUUCUUCAAAAUUAUUCAUGAAAUAAUCAAUUAUAUAGAAAAAAUAGCAUAGAGACAACCAAGAUAUGUCAGUUUUAAUGAAUCAAAGCGUCACUUUAUCCUGAGUAAAAUCGAAAUUUGGCGACCAGGUUUUGGCAAAUUUGACAAAUGAUAGAAGGCGUAUAACGUUAUCUUUUAUCGUGUUUUAAAUAACAACAUAUGGCAACCGCAAUGGUAAUGCAUCAAGGUAUUGUAUCCUGAUAUUAUAUCCAGGUACUGUAACCAGGAAAUGUAUCCAGAUACUGUACCAAAGUACUGUAUCCAGGCACUUAUCCAGGUAAUGUAUCCAGGUACUGUAUCAAAGAAAUGUAUCGAGAUACUGAUUAAAGUAAUGUAUCCAGGUACUUUAUCAAAGUAGUGUAUCCAUGUUCUGUAUCAAGGAAAUGCAAAUAUGUAUAGUAUUAAGGUAACUUAUCCAGGUACUGUAUCAAGUUAUGUAUCCAGGUACUGAUUCAAAAUAUUUUAUCCAGAUACUGUAUCAAGUUAUGUAUCCAGGUACUUAUCCAGGUAAUGUAUCCAGGUAUUGUAUCAUGGAAAUGUCUCUAGGUAUAUUAUCAAUGUAACGUAUCCAGGUACUGUGCCAAGGUAAUGUAUCCAGGUACUGUAUCAAGAUGAUGUAGCAAGCAAUGUGUCCAGGUACUGUAUAAAACGAUUUAUCCAGGUACUGUAUCAAGGUAAUGUAUCUAGGUAUGGUAUCAAGAUAAUUUAUCCAUGUACUGUAUCAAGGAAGUGUAUCCAAGUACUGUAUCAAGUUAAUGUAUCCAGAUUAUGUAUCCAGAUAAUGUAUCAAUGUUCUGUAUCCGGGUAAAGAAUUUUGGCCAUGUAUCUAGAUAUUGCAUCAAGGUACAUGUAAUAUAUCAAGGUACUGUAUCCACGUAAUGUAUCCAGGUAAUGAAACAAUGUAAUCCAGGUAGGGUAAUGUAUCCCAGUACUUUAUCCAGCUAUGUAUCUUUCAUGUAGAAUAUCAAGGCUAUGUAUCCAAAUACUGUAUCCAGAAGCUCAUAUGUGAAAUAAUGAAUUAAACUGCAGUACAUGACCUUUUAGGACUAUUUACUGGAUAUAAGAGCCGAAAGCGUGUAAUCAGUUUGGUUUUUAUAUAAGAUGAACUAAGUAGGGCAUGUAAUCCUGUUCUUAUGAUACUUUGUAAUGCUCGUUUUCUAUGUUUAGUGUCCUUGUACUUAUUUGAGUUGGCAACAAAAGCUAGGUCAUCACUAUCAAUGUCAACCUGGAACCCUAUGUAGACAGCAUUCAUCGGUUUCACGUUUUUAUUACACUACAUUUGGUCCCAUACUCAAAUCAAAUUAUCAAUAUUUAUUUUUCAUGAAUACACUAUUAUAAUAUAUUCGUUCUAGAGAGGUUAUUUGGGUAAAAUACUCACCAAGAUUAGUCAUAUUGUCAUUUAUUAAACUUGACAAAACAAUGUAUUGCCUGUGCGAUUUGGUUUUCGAAAGCACUCUCCUUUAUUAAAAAUAUAUAUCUUUUGCAAACGUUCAGACGCACGUGGUGCUUAUGUUUAAGGUUCAAUAUCAUGGAUCUUCUUUCAUGAAUGUCGUGAUUUUGUGAAAUGUGUUCAGUACAACAAACAUCAUACGAUUUUUAUCCUAGAAUGAAUAGAUAUACCAGCAGAUAAACAGUAUUGUUCUAGAGAGAAAAUAUCAGAAUUUGUUGUUUUUCCUCCAUUUUAAAAUAUUUCAUGUCAUUGUUAUUGUCCAUAACAUUUUUUCAAAAUUCAAUAUUCAAAAUGUUGUAUAAAACUAAUAAAGCUUUUUUGACAUGUAGUUAUUCGAGCGCAUCAAAUUCAUAACUAUGUUUAGAUUAAACAUACAUACCUACAGGUAAUGUCCUGACGUUGUCUGUAUUACAUUCUGUGAGAGAUAAUCUGUGAUUGAUGGACACAGUGUCCUUUCCUCUUUGUUUGAUUGAUACGUUACAUGUAUAUGCAUUUUGAAACAAAACAAGCAUCCCGUAUCUAAAAGACUUAUAAUAAAAUGCGAUUGAUAAGUAAGUAUUCAACAUGGUAUUAGCGUUA